AUGACGGCGCGUGAUAAAAGCAAGGUGAACCCGGUGUUCUCGCUGACGUCGGGCACACUGGCCGGCGCGGUUGAGGGUUUUGCGACGUACCCAAUUGAGUACACCAAGACGGUGUCGCAGUUUUCGGCUAAGCCGGGCGAGAAGCCGCCGCAUCCGUUCGUGGUUGUGCGCCAGACGGUCGCGAAGCACGGGAUCACGGGCCUGUACAGUGGGUGUGGUGCACUCGUGGCUGGGAAUGCACUCAAGGCUGGUGUGCGGUUCCUGUCGUAUGACCAUUUUAAGGACAUGCUCAAGAACGAGGAGGGUAAGUUGACGGCCCCCCGCAGCCUGCUCGCGGGUCUGGGUGCCGGCAUGAUGGAGGCCAUCUUUGCGGUGACGCCGUCCGAGACGAUCAAGUACGCAGUGCCGACUCACGCAGAACGAAGCUGA